AUGGCCCCCAAUUUCCUGUCUAAACUGGUCAAACAACCCAAUGCCAACAGUGCUGGUCGGGAUCGUUCAUUGAGUUCCCCUUCCCCACCUUCAGAGUCGCAUAGCAGGGGGUCUUCCUCUGCUGAUCAUGCAACUGCUGCCAACUCGGUUUCUUCUCGCACAGUGGGCAGUAACGGCUCCGGACCGAGUCGCUCUAACAGCCUCUACUCCAAAUCGGCCAACCCAAGCGUCACAGUUAUUCCUCCCUCCCCAGUUGUCAGUCAAGAACCUGUUCCAGAUUUGCCGACAUACAAGCCGACAGAUAACGUCCUUCCCCCUACCGACCGCCCACCCAUACCAACCAAACCCGUUCCCCGACCACCAACCCCCAAGAGCAAGGAGAAGCAGCGCACUCCCAAAUCGUCACCCAAAAUUGAGACAGCCAAUCUCCCUGCACCGCCUUCACUACGACCCCAAUCGUCCAACAAGUCGCUGAAAUCCAAAGGGGCCGAACCGCUCCCAGUGCCCAUUCCCAUUUCCCACAUGCGAGCAGCCACAUCUCCUCCGUCUACACUCAUGAAUGGCGACGGCGAUUCUUCAGAACCAAUCCCUCUUUCCGAAUCACCGACUGCACUGCGACCGACCGACAUCUUCCCUCGAGUGAGCGGCAGUCCACCUUCGUCCAUCUCCCCAGCCAAGAGGCGUGACACGGAUGUCUUCUCUGUCACCUCCCAAGGCCAGAAAAAAGGUACCGGCAGACCCUGGAAACGGAGCGCAACAAAGAAGCCGAUGGGGCUUGCUGGCGCUAUUGCUGCAUCUGGACUGGCAAUGGCCAACCCCGCUCUGACAGCUCCACAGCAAAGCACACUCAGUCCGCAGGUGAUGAACACCAACAACGAGAACAGCGGUUCGUCACUCGUAACAUCUCCUAUGCAAAACCCCAUGGCAACGAGGAGGCUCACAGCGAGUCCCGAGUCAAACCAUCGCAGGAUCCAUUCUGGUGGCGGGACGAGUAACGGGAGGGGAGGUCGGCAGAUGACAGACCAUCAGCGACGGCGUACAACGGGUUCAGCAAUGAGCCAUGGGGAUGGGGAGGCGCAUUCGCCCGAUGAGCAAGGGGGGUAUUAUUCUGGACUAGACAGCUCUGACGAGGGAAGUGGGGACGACUCGAGCGAUGAGGGUGGUAGCGGGCUGGAGGACUUGGAUCUAGGCGAAGACGACAUUCCAGUUACAGGAUUCGCCGUAGCGAGCAAUAAACGCAACGCUGACUUCCACGAACUUUUCCCAGGGAUUCCGGAGGGGGAUUAUCUUAUCGAGGACUAUGGAUGUGCUUUACAACGAGAAAUUCUCAUACAGGGACGACUUUAUGUGUCAGAAAACCACUUAUGCUUCCACGCGAAUAUCUUUGGCUGGGUUACUGACUUAUUGAUACCUAUUUACGAAAUUACGACUUUGGAGAAGAAAAUGACCGCGUUCGUUAUUCCGAACGCUAUUCGCGUGGGGACGGGACGACUCGACUAUACUUUUGCGUCAUUCCUCUCGCGCGACACGACCUUUGACGUCAUCCAUAACAUCUGGAGGCUGGUUCGACCCAGUGAUGCCGCUUCGAUUGGCUCUGGGUCGUUGGAAGCAGGUGCAGAGGCAGGCAACCUUACCAUCGCAGAAGGCACGAUUAUUGGGGCAGCUGGCGGGGGAGCGGCAGUUGGGCCCCAGCGAAAGGCGACUACAUGUGCUUGUGGGAAAGAUGGCUCCCAUUUCGCAGAAGUGCCGUUGAACACGGUCUUCCCGGGGACUCCUGACAGGAUUUACAACCUGAUGUUUGCGAGUGGGUUCAUGAAGGACUUCAUGUCGGUCAACCAGAAGCUAUUGGACAUCCAAGUUUCCGACUGGACACCCAUAAGCCCUGGCUCGAAGCUACUGGCGCGGAAUAUGUCGUACAUCAAACCACUCAACGCAUCGCUGGGGCCUAAACAGACCAAGUGCGAAAUUCGCGACGAGUCGGUCCAUGUCGACUUUGACGACUACAUCACAACCUUGACCACCACCCGCAACCCCGAUGUGCCUAGCGGCGGUGUCUUUUCGGUGAAGACACGCACUUGUAUCAUGUGGGCUGGGGCAUUCUCGACGAAGGUUGUCGUCAGCACCACUGUCGAGUGGACUGGCCGGAGUUUUAUCAAGGGCAUUAUCGAGAAAUCCGCAAUCGACGGACAGCGAGUCUAUCACGCCGACCUCGAAAAAGCCAUGCGGACUUAUAUCCAAGAGCAUCAGGCCGAGUUUAUGCCUGCGGGGGUUGACCCAGCGGCUGUUGCUCCGCCUGUUGAACCGACGCCAUCCACGCCCAGCGCAGUCACAGCGACUGAGACGGAUAACAAGAAGCGGGAGAAAGAGAGGAGCCAGCGGGGUCUCCAAUGGGCGUGGGACACAUUCGACGGUGCUUAUUCCGUUGCGAAGCAGAGCACAAAGGGCGCAUUGGAGCUUAUACACGAUGCUUGGGAGAAUUCGACAUCGAGCUCGAUUCUCUACGCGCUCAUUGUUGUGCUUGUGGCCAGCAACUUGUGGACUUACAUGAAAAUGGGCUCCGCCGUCGACAAGGGUAGGAAGACGGAACGCGAGCUGGCUAGGGCGGGGGGCAAAGACAAGGAUGAAUGGGUUGCUGGCGUUGUCGCCGCGAUGAGAGAUGAGCUCAAACGCACCGACAAUAACAACAGGCCGCCAGUGUCGCCCCCCAUUUCGGGUGCUGUCACCACGGAGAGCAUCAAGCAAGAAAUAGGUGCUUUGCAGGCGAGUCUCGACUCCUUAGAAGAGCGAGCACGGACGCUGCGCUCUAGUCUGAAUGAUCUCAGUUAA